AUGCUGCCGGCGCUGGCGGAUGGCGACGAGCGGGAGCUGGAGAGCAGCGAGGAGGGCGGCGGCGCGGGCGAGGAGCGGCGGCCCGAGCGGCACGGCAACACCUACCACGGCCUCUACGGCUACCGCAGCCGCAGGUCCCUGCAGCAGGGAGCUGACAGCGGCGAUGGAAGCCCGGCCGCAGAGACACCCUCCAGCGAGGACUUCAGCCUGUCCUUGCUGGAUACCAACUUACCAGCUGAAGCGGAGACUGAACUGCGUGGUUUUAUUGCGAAGCGCCUUACCAAAGGAGCCCUUUUUGAAGGGAUGGGGAAUGUAGCAACUGUGGAGCUGAGCAUACCAGAAUAUAAAGUUGGUUGUUACUACUGUCUUUUCCGCCAAGAAAAUCUUCUAAAAAUGGCAGCAUUGGAAUCAGACAUCUCAGCUCCAGAAUACGUGAUUUGUUUCUUAGGUGGUUCAGAGAAAGGUUUAGAACUUUUCAGACUUGAACUGGACAAGUAUGUUCAAAGCCUGAAGAUAAACUUUAACCCAGAGCAAAAAACCUUGGAGACCUACAUUAACCCCUACUUGCAGAGCUGGUUUGAGAAUUCUGUGUGCCCUAUUCAGAGAGUGGUACAGCUCUUCCAGGAGAAACUUGCCUUCUUGUUACAUGCUGCUUUGAGUUACACUCCUGUGGAAGUGAAAAACUCAGAUGAAAGAACAGAGAAAGACAUUAGCAGGUUUCUGGCAGCUGCCAGCCUCCAAGGACUUGUUCAGGAAGGAACAAUGACCUCCUUGUGUAUAGCCAUGACUGAGGAGCAGCAAAAGUCAUUAAUUAUAGACUGCAGUGGAGCCCAGCCUCAGUUGCACAAUGCAGGAAGCAACAGAUUCUGUGAGGACUGGAUGCAGGCUUUUAUAAAUGGUGCCGAAGGUGGAAAUCCAUUUCUCUUCCGGCAAAUUUUGGAAAACUUUAAAUUGAAGGCUAUACAAGACAUUAACAACCUGAAGAGGUUUAUCCGCCAGGCUGAAAUGAGCCACUAUGCCUUGUUCAAAUGUUACAUGUUCCUGAAGAACUGCGGCAGUGGAGACAUCCUUUUGAAGAUUGUUAAAGUAGAACACGCAGAAAUGCCAGAAGCCAAAAAUGUAGUGGCCGUCCUUGAGGAAUUCAUGAGAGAAACAGAAGUGAUUCAGACCAAUCUUAAUUAGGCUGCACUAUCUUAAGGGUAUUGUAUCAGUCUUUAAUUUCUUCCAUGCUACUUUGUUUCACUAUGUCAGAAGUUUUAAUUUAUAUUUAAAAAUAUUUCCUGGGUUAAAUGUAAGUUUUAGUUCUGCCUACUUGUCUUCCUUCUAAAUAAAGGAGCAUGAGUUUUGUUUUAACGUGUAAGUAUUAGUUGUUAUAUAAACUCAUAUAUAGUUUUCGGCACUUACCAGCUUCUCCAGCUGACUGGUCCUCCUUUUCCGGGGAAGUCAGGCCAGUUGUGGUUUGUUUUGUUUUACUAUCAUUGCACAAAACAAAGUUACAUGGCAAGCAUUUUCUGUGUAUAAAAUAUGUAAAACAUCUUAAAGAUUAAACAAUGAUAAUCUUAAAGAUCUGGUUACUAAAGAAGCUCCAACAGUUGAAUAAAUCAUAUUACACAAAUCAGUCAUUUUUGUUCAUAUGAGAGAACAGAAUAGUUUGCAACUAGUUUGGACAUUCUACUUUCAAAGUUGCAAAGUUCAUUCUUCUGCUCUUAGAUAAGGUACUCGUUAAUUGGUACAAAGCACAAUUGCUUUAAGAUGGAAGAGUUUUAUGAACUGAUGGAAACUAAUGAUGGAAAAUUUUUAUGUGCUUGUAUAUAUGUAUACAUACAUACAGUAACCAAGCCUGUUAAAGAUAAAAUUUAAAUGCUUUCAUGUAACACAGCUGUACUGAACUCAAUAAUAAGGUUUACAGUAAAACACUUUUAAAUCCUUAAUACUGUGACUCUUUGAAUUGCAAGUAAGUUCUGUCCUUGAUGUCUCCUGUUGAGAAACUUUUAUUCACGCAUUAUAAAGAAGCUGCUGGUUUAAUGUGCAGCAGCCUGCAAGCCUCAUAUUGACAGGAGAACAAGGUAUGAGAAAACUAAUGGUAAUUAAACAAAAGCAUAAAUAUAACGUAGAAGAAGGUGGUUUAGCUGCAUGAAUGGCUGGAAGGCAUUACACACUUAACUGCCUUUGCAGCAAUCAGCUAUUCAAAGCUGAGGAUGAAGCACACAAAAGGUCAGAAAAUGCUGAGAUGUGCUAUUAGUACUUAAAUCUGCAAAUGUGCAAGACUUCUUACAUUAGUGGUAAGGGUCUGAUUUAAAACCUUUGUGAGGAAAACAAAACAAAACCACAAAUCACAGGCUUUUGAUAAGAACGCAAGUUUAGCUUUAAGUGCUAGAGACCUCGCACAGUUUGAAAGCUCGGGAUUUUUUUUUUUCCACAAAAGUAGCAGCAUAAAAGGCAAUUAGUGUUUCUCUUUCCACCACUAAUGAGCUAUGCUUACUGUACAGCAGAUAAUUGGGAGCUAUGGGAAUAAAAUGAUUAUGAGUUUUAUGAGUUUGUAUAAUCCAAGGCUGGUGUCAUGGGGACCAGCUUUUGGCUCCUGUUCUGCUACAGAUAUGCUGGAAUUGGUAGUAUUUGCUUUUAUUUAGCCUUCCUAAAAAUAUUUGGAACCAUCAAGGCAAGGGUAUGGUAUUAACAAAAAAAAAGAAAAAAACACCAACAAAAAAUUGUUUUAAUGGAAUCUGUGCUCAAAUAAUAUUGUUACAACAAAAAUAUACAGAAUGUACACAAUACAAAAAUAUUUGGAAACGUACAGUAGCGUAUUACCUUGCAAAUAUAAUUUUGUUUUACUAGCCCUUAACGGGAAAGUAUCACUUGUUCAGUAUUUUAAGGCAGAAAAUUACAUUGGUUGGUGCUUUGUUAACACUGGGAUGCAUUCAGCUUUAGUAGUGUAAGCAAAAGAAAAGCUCCAUAAAUCUAGCUUUGUUUGCAAACCAAACAGACUGUGAGGGAGUCAGGAGGCAGGCAGUGACUAACGCA